UGAGGGCUGAUGGUUUUGAAGCGACAUUUUGACACAGAUUGUUCCACCAUGAAGCCGCGACGCCGAAGUUCCUCUCUUCUGUUGUUGGGGGUCUACCUCGGAGCAGUGGCAGUAGUACUCACAGCACAAGAGAACACUGGAACUGUUUCAUCAUCUGUUUCAAGCACUCCAAAGUCCAGUUUCUCCUCUCAUGCAUCCAAUAUGGAACAGUCGCUGACCACACUCUCCCCGCAGGGGAGCACAAGCACGUCUUCUCAGCGAACAAGCACAAACAGUUCAUUCAGCCCACCAAUGACCAGCACGUCUAGCCCACCAAUGAACAGCACAUCGAGCCAACCGGUGAACGGCACAUCCAGCCCACCGGUGAGCACCACGUCCAGCCCAGCGGUGAGCACCACGUCCAGCCCAGCGGUGAACACCACGUCCAGCCCACCGGUGAGCACCACGUCCAGCCAACUGUUGAACACCACAUCCAGCCCAGCGGUGAACACCACGUCCAGCCCACCGGUGAGCACCACGUCCAGCCCAGCGGUGAACACCACAUCCAGCCCACCGGUGAGCACCACGUCCAGCCCAGCGGUGAACACCACAUCCAGCCCACCAGUGAACACCACGUCCAGCCCAACAGUGAACAGCACGUCCAGCCCACCGAUGAACACCACGUCCAGCCCACCGGUGAACAGCACGUCCAGCCCACCGGUGAGCACCACGUCCAGCCCACCGGUGAACACCACAUCCAGCCCACCGGUGAAUAGCACGUCCAGCCCACCGGUGAACAGCACGUCCAGCCCAGCGGUGAACACCACAUCCAGCCCACCGGUGAACAGCACGUCCAGCCCACCGGUGAACAGCACGUCCAGCCCACCGGUGAACAGCACGUCCAGCCCAGCGGUGAACAGCACGUCCAGCCCACUGGUGAACAGCACGUCCAGCCCACCGGUGAACGGCACGUCCAGCCCACCGGUGAACACCACAUCUAGCCCACCGGUGAACGGCACGUCAAGCCCAGCGGUGAACACCACAUCCAGCCCACCAGUGAAUGACACAUCGAGCCCACCGGUGAACAGCACGUCCAUCCCACCAAUGAACGGCACGUCCAGCCCACCGGUGAACGGCACAUCCAGCCCACCGGUGAACGGCACGUCCAGUCCACCGGUGAACGGCACGUCCAGCCCAUCGGUGAACACCACGUCCAGCCCAUCGGUGAACACCACGUCCAGCCCACCAAUGAACGGCACAUCCAGCCCACCGGUGAACAGUACGUCCAGAUCUCCAGAAAAUAACAGCACAUCUGUACUACCAGCAAAUGCAACUGCCUCUACCCUGCCAGUAAACAUGAGCACCUCCACUUUGCCAGCAAAUGACAACUCAACUACCCUGCCAGUGAACACCAGCACAUCUGCCCCAUUAUUCACGAGUUCUGCUGUCACAAAUAAUGCCUCCUCACUGUUCUCUACAGCAGCAUCAUCCAAUAGUACAGCUGAAGCAAACUCGACUGGGAACUUUCAUUCUACAGCUACUAUAAGCACCUCCUUUACUACUCCACAAAACCUGAACCUCACUACGACUGUUAAUGUCUCAUCCACAUUGCAGCCGGACAAUACUGCAACAUCUAGUGGAAGGACAGUGGUGUCUGUCACAAGCUCAAAUCAUACAGAGGGUCCAACUUUCUCUGGCACGACAGCUGGUGUAAACAUUACAAGCACCACGUUCACACGCAAUGAGUCAACAAUUAACGUGACAACCAGCUCGAGUUUGACUGAUCAGUCUACAACCUCUUUUCUGUCUACAGUUGUUUCCACUUUGAACAGUACAACUUCUACUAACAUGAGUGUAGUACCCCCCAGGACUACUGUUAUUUCAACACCAACUCCAUUGUCAAACUCCACUGCUUCAAAAGUGACGUUGACAUCACAGGUAACCACACAAGAGCCUGCCAAUGCCACCAAUAGCCAGAGUACCAUAACACUGACAAACACUGUUCUGACCUCCUCAACUAUCCAGCAGGUCAGUAACACUGUUCCAAAUGGCAAUACAGUAUCUGGCACCACAACCAGAUAUGUAACCACGACCAAUAUACAGUCAAGCAGUACCACAGCAUCCCCAGUGCUGACAACCAUGAAGACCACCACUAAGGUGUCUAGUACCACAGCAACCCCAACAUCAAAUUUCAUUAUAACUUUCAGAAUUAUCAACAGGAAUUUUGAAAACGCUUUGAAAGAUAAAACUACUCCGGAAUUCAAGAACUUGAGUGAUCAAGUUAUUAAAGCGCUGUAUGAUGCUUACGGUUGUCCUACAUGCUCCCUCCGUUCAUUAUAUGAGGGUUCUGAAGUUCUGCUUUUCAGGCAAGGGUCAGUCAUCACUGAAACUAAAUCUACCUUCAACUCGGAUGCUUCUGUAAACCAGGGCAAGGUUGAACAACAGUUUACAGCUGCCAUAAAGAAUGGUACAAUCAACAAACUACAGGUCAAAGAUAUAGAAGUGCAGGAGAUAAAACCCAGCACAACCACAACGACCACAACUUCCCAGGCUCCAAUUGUCCCUGGCUGGGGUAUUGCUCUUCUAGUCCUUGUCUGCAUCAUUCUCCUGUUGAUCAUCAUCAUCAUUCUUCUCAUUAUAAUCUACCUGUGUCGCCGCAGAAAUCAUGGGAAGUUUGAAAUGUUUGGUUCUCGAGGAUCAUACUACCCAAUGGCUGAUCGGAGCGAUUACCCACAAUACAUGACUCAUAGCAGGUUCAUAGCACCAAAUGGCAAGCAGAACUCCUACAAUCAGGUAUCUGGGAAUGGCACAAACAUGUAUUCGUAUACCAACCAUGCUGCAGAGUCAGAUAACUUGUGAACACAUCUGAAGGAAGAUUUCAUGUGGAAAGCUGCCUCUAAUUCAAACUCAAAAUGGGGCAAUUAUGAAACUAAAUUUUAACUCUUCUGUCAUUUUUUUAAAAAUCAAAGAAAUGUUCUUUCAGGGAAAAUGUUGGAUCUCCUCCACUGCCAAUACUGACUGCAGGUUAUGUGGAACGAUAAAAGAAAUGAAGGGACUUAUAAUGCAUGAUGAAUUCACUGUGCCUGCACACAACUAAACGUUCAAAGUUGUUUUAGGAGAUAGGUCAAUUUUGCUUGGGAUGAGUUAGUAUGGAACAACCAUUAGCGUUGCACACAAGAUGGCCAAAUCAAAUGUGUGGUGGGGGGGUUGGGGGGGAGAAUCUAUUUCUAUUGUUAUGAAUAUUCAAAUUAGGUGCCAGAGUAGGCCAUUUUGCCCUUCAAGCCUCGCCUAUCAUUCAAUAAUGAUCAUGGCUGAUCUGAUUGUGGCCUUACAUUCAUACUUAUGUGUAUCCCUGUUAAUUUGCAACUUCCUUGUUAGUUGUGAAUAGCUCUAUACAAGAACUAGUGUGGGGGAGGAGGGAUCCUGUGGGCUGUAGUGUAAAACAGGAAUAGCUAGUGCCUAGCAGGCUGUGGCAUUGUAUAAUUCCCUGAUUGGUAGAACCCUUUAUUUUCCAAUCACAUAAGCAUUAUUGAAACUCUACAUUUUUACUGGUUAAGACAAAUUUAAUCUGAGAAAAUUGUAUGCACAAAUGAACAUGAACACAUUGCUUUGAAGAAGCAGUAGUUUCUGAAGUUUGGAUUAGUUUGGUGAAGCAUGAGCAGACAGCAAUUGUUGCUAAACUGACAGCAACCUUUUUACUGAGUCUGAAAGGAUGAUCUUGUGUUAAAUACAAACACUGCUUGGUAGUAAUGAUUAAAGUCAAAUAUGCUGUUUAAGGGGCCCUCUUCUACCACUGCAUCUUCAACUAAAAGUCCAUCCAUGUUACCAUCCAUGAUGCUGGAAUGGAAGGAUGUACAGCAUCCAAAUACCUUUCAAGUCUAUUGAAUUUUGAUUUGGAGUUAAUAGCUGAUUUCUCAUCAGCGCCACAUGUAAAUCCCACAAGCAGAUUAUUCUUCCUGUUACUCGGUGAACAGGAAAGAAGCAUUCAAUAGACAAUAGACAAUAGGUGCAGGAGUAGGCCAUUCAGCCCUUCGAGCCUGCACCGCCAUUCAAUAUGAUCAUGGCUGAUCAUUCCUAAUCAGUAUCCGCUUCCUGCCUUAUCUCCAUAACCCUUGAUUCCACUAUCUUUGAGAGCUCUAUCCAACUCUUUCUUAAAUGAAUCCAGAGACUGGGCCUCCACUGCCCUCUGGGGCAGAGCAUUCCACACAGAAUGUCACAUAUUCACAUUCUGCUUAUCUCCCAAUAUUGAUUUAUGCAUAAUAUGCCAAAUCAUAUCUAAAUAUGCAAACAAUUAUUUAUGGUCAGAGUCACAGCAGUAAUUUUCCAUUACAUGGAAGAGAACCUCUUUGCCCCAUUGCCUGCACUCCCUCACUGUUGCUAAAAUCCCUUCAGCCUCUUUUUGAACAAAGACAAACAAAAAGACAGGAAGAACUUAGCAGGUCAGGCAUAACCUCUGGAGAGAAACAGUGUUAAGUUUUACUUCUGAUAAAAAGUUAAGAACCUGAAACAAUGGUCCAGAUUUUUCUCUUGUCAGGGCAAAUAACCGAGUGAGUUGGCCCCAAGAAGAGAUCUAUCUGCUUCCCAACACCACAGAAAUUCAGUUCUGAGCAGAAGGCCCUUAUCUGAUUGACUAUCUAAUCUGCUGCUAAUUAAGGCCCUUAAGUGGUCAAUUAAUGACUAGUUGAGAGCUUGGGCAGGCUUUCCGCAUUCCUGGUUGGCUAGACAAUUAACAGCCUUCCUGACUGUGAUAACAAGACAGUCUGCCUGAUGGAGUGAGUGAGUGAGUGAGUGAGUGAAUGAGUGAGUGAGUGAGUAAGUGAGUAUGUGUGUGUAAUGUAGAUGAAGGAAGGGAAAGACACAGCCAAUACCUCCGCUCUGCUCCUCUCCAAAGAUGCUGCCUGACCUGUCAAGUUUUACCAACCUUCUUUUGUUCUUAUUUCAGAUUUCCAGCAUCUGCAGUAUUUUCUUUUGUAUGUUGCAACAAAGUUGUGCCUGGCAAGGCUUGUGGAUGGGCUAUUUUGCCUCCUUGCCUUAUUUUUGCCAACAGUAUCUAUUAACUCUUUUGGAGGCAUGCAAACAAAUCUAGAGCAAUUUGCUUUCAAAAACUUCUCUCUCUCAUUGAAUGUUUUUUCUCUUUCUUUCAGCCCCCUUAUGUUCUUUCUUCAUGUCCCCAGCAUCCUUUAAAGAUUCAUAGAUUCAUACAGUACAGAAAAUGCCCAUCGGCCCAUCGAGUCUGCACCAACAUAACUACCACUAAAGACAUGAUUAUCCAAAUUUCCUGUGCUUGUCCCAUAUCCUUGAAUGUUAUUAUUUUUGAAAUGCUCAUCCAAAUAUUUUUUAAAAAUGUUGUACGGUUUCCAGCCUCUACUGCCUUCCCAGGUAAUACAUUCCAGAUUUCCGCCACCCUCUGCUGAGUGAAAAAGUUUUUUUUCCAAAUUCCCUCUGAACCUCCUGCCCUUUGCCCUAAAGGGAUGCCCUCUCAUGAUUAACCCUCAACUAAGGGAAACAGCUGCUCUCUGUCCAAACCCCUCAUAAUCUUAUUCGCCUCAAACAUGUCUCUUCUCACUCUUCUCUGUUCAAGAGGAAGCAAUCCAAACAUAUCAAGUAUCUCCUUCUAGCCCAAUUUCUCCAUCCCAGGCAAUGUCCUGGUGAACUUCCUCUGUACCGGUUCUAGUGCUAUCACAUCCUUCCUGUGUUGAGGCAACCAGAACUGCACACAAUACUCCAGCUCUGGCCUGACCAAAGUUCUGUACAACUCCAACAUUACCUCCUUACUACUGGGGUGAAGAGGUGUGAGGAUGAACAAUGUGAGUUAACAAUGAGCACCAGCCCAAACGAUGAAUGCCAGGUGACACAUUUUGAAUAUAUGUGUAAAUGUUCUUAUUUAAUUGAAUCGUUAUUGCUGCAUCAAAGACAAAUUAUUGAGCUCUGGACUGACUGAUAUAAACCAGCCGCAUGAUGGAAUUUUGACUGAUGGCAAAUUGUAGUUUGUUGUAUGCCUGUGAAAUGCCUGCUUGCCAAUUUUUAUACAUAUAUUUUAAUUCUGCAGUCACUUUUUCUGCUGAGUUGCUAUAUGAAGGAGAUUAUGUUAAAAGAUGUGAGGGUGUUUACUAGCAAUAGUGGUCUUCAAUAUCAAAAGAAUCCUGGGUUCACUCAGUGACCCAAGAACACUAACUCUGCUGGGAAUGUGCACCCAAGGGCAACGUUGACCAAGAACAUGUAUGUAGUACAUGUGGCUACAUAUUAAGCCCUUUCCCAACAGGUGGACCUACACCUGAUUUAGCUGGAGACCAGUUCUAGAGACACCUUGAGAUUAAAGAAUUGUUUUGAAUUGUGGAGACUCCCUGGCCAUGCCAGAGGAAAAAUUGCUCACGUGCUUCUCCCUGGAUAACUCUGGUAGCGUUACAGACGUAUACAGUAAACUUCUCUAUUACCUUAGUCAACAAUUAUCCCUCAAAGUCACUAAAUCACCUCUGUUUAUGAUCAUUGUGCUAGCAAAAUCUUCAAUCAAGAGUACAGACUGAUUUGUAGACCCUUAAAGUUUCUACCUCCAAAGUUUUGGGAGCUGUACAAAGUAUUCCGUGUAAUAGUACAAGGCAAAUUUAUCUAAACUAGAUUGUGACAGAAUUGGUUAAGAACAAAAUUUGAUCAGGCGACUAAGAUGUCACUGAGCCUUUUCACAAAGGAACGGUGUUGACAAUGUGACUGCAGGGUUACAAUGUAAGCUACAACUACAUUUUUGCUUGAAAUCUUCGCUUUAUUGUAAUUGUCAAACCAUAGUGCUGUAACUUAAACCUAUUUAUUGUACUUCCACUGUGUAUAUGUGCACGUGUGUUGUUUCUGAGUAUCACUGUUACUGUCACCUUCUGUAUUUUAAUUGACUUGAUGCAUCACUAAUCGUAUUUAUAUCUUGUUAAAUGAAACUCCAUUCCUAUUUGAGGAUUGAAGGAUAUAUAUAAAACAAAUGCAUGUUAUUUUUUGUAUUAAAAUCCUUUUCAUGGUAAUAUUGGUCCUAUUACACACUGAUUUUUAAGGUUUUUGAAAUACUGCCAAAAAUUGAUAAUAUAGAAAUGCUAUGAAAUAUCAGUGUGAUCCAAAUAUGAAAAUAAAGGGAAAAUAAUUAUUUUUAACACA